AGAAUCAAAUGACUACGAGCAAUUGUAUACACUGGAUGUAGUUGGAAUUGAAGGUAGAGGGGAGAACGACCAACUGGACGUUCAUCAUGAAUUUAAAGAAAACAUUACUCGGGCUGAUGACGGUAGAUAUCAAGUCAAAGUACCAUCGAUUCCAGGACAUUCUUUACCAAAUAGCAAUCUAGAACCAAGUGGAAAGCGAUUAGCUAACGUAUGCAAAAGGAUCGAGCGAGAUGGGAAGUUAAAGGAUGAUUAUGAUGAAAUUAUCGAGAAGCAAUUAGAAUCGGGUAUCAUUGAAGGUGCACCAGUGAAACCGAAUGGUGAACGAGUAGAUCAUAUACCCCACAAACAUGUCGUCAGAGAGGAGGCGAAUAAAGCCAAAGAAAGCGCAGAGAUUCCCGAGAAUUUUAGAAAUUUUGGACUGGUCGGUGAUAGUUCGGAAAAUCCAUGGGGUUUGAACGAUGGAAAAGAAAGAGGAGACAUCAAUGAGGAAACUGAGGAACACGAAAAUACACCAGAACGGUUGAGAAAACUGAAGGCAGUAACUGCGGAAGAAACAAAGGAAGGACAAGGUGAUGAAGACGAAAAUGCUUCCGAUAAUUCUGACCAAGAUGAAACAUUUGAAUUGAUGGAUGAUGAAGGGAGCAGAGAGAAAAGAAAGAAAUUGAAAGGAGAUAAUGUUGACAACAUCAUCAGGGAAGAACGCAUAAAAAAGAAAAGGAAAAUCAAAGGAAAGAAGAAAGUUCUUUCGAAAGGACAUACUGAGGAAGUAAAUAAUGUUGAGAGGAAAAGAGAAGAAAACGAAGUAGAGAACCUUGAGGAAAAUGACAUAAAAACGAAAGGGAAAGUGAAAAGUAAUGUUGUUUCACAGGGAAACACUAAAGAAACUAGUAGUGUUGAAAAUACAAGUGAACGUAAGAAAAAGAAAAGAAAAAUUACAGACGAAAGUAGAAUGAAAGAAAAGUUGGAGAAAAGCAAGAAAGCAAA